AUGGCUCUCGGGUCUGCAGGAUACACAGUAUCCACUCCCUCUGGCUGCAUAACGGAUGGCCUGGACACCGUGGAUGGUACAGGAUACACAGUAUCCACUCCCUCUGGCUGCAUAACGGAUGGCCUGGACACCGUGGAUGGUACAGGAUACACAAUAUCCACUCCCUCUGGCUGCAUAACGGAUGGCCUGGACACUGUGGAUGGUACAGGAUACACAAUAUCCACUCCCUCGGGCUGCAUAACAGAUGGCCUGGACACCGUGGAUGGUACAGGAUACACAGUAUCCACUCCCUCUGGCUGUAUAACGGAUGGCCUAGACACCGUGGAUGGUACAGGAUACACAGUAUCCACUCCCUCUGGCUGCAUAACGGAUGGGCUGGACACCGUGGAUGAUACUCCCACUGGCUGCAUAACAGAUGGCCUGGACACCGUGGAUGGUACAGGAUACACAGUAUCCACUCCCUCUGGCUGUAUAACGGAUGGCCUGGACACCGUGGAUGGUACAGGAUACACAAUAUCCACUCCCUCUGGCUGCAUAACGGAUGGCCUGGACACCGUGGAUGGUACAGGAUACACAGUAUCCACUCCUUCUGGCUGCAUAACGGAUGGCCUGGACACCGUGGAUGGUACAGGAUACACAGUAUCCACUCCCUCUGGCUGCAUAACGGAUGGCCUGGACACUGUGGAUGGUACAGGAUACACAGUAUCCACUCCCUCUGGCUGCAUAACGGAUGGCCUGGACACCGUGGAUGGUACAGGAUACACACCCUCUCUCCUUAUCUCCUCUCCUCUUCUCCAGUUUGUGGCCUUUGCCUCCUUGUUCUUCAUCCUGGUCUCGAUCACCACCUUCUGCCUGGAGACCCAUGAGGCAUUCAACACCAUCACCCUCAUCAACAAGUCUGAGGCGGUGCUCAACGGCAGCCUGCCGGACCUGGGUCCUGAUUACAUUAUCGAGACGGACCCAGCUCUCACCUACGUGGAGGGUGUCUGCGUUCUUUGGUUCACCCUGGAGUUCAUGGUGCGUGUCAUCUUCAGCCCAGACAAGCUGGAGUUUGUCAAGAGCCUGCUCAACAUAAUCGACUUUGUGGCUAUCCUGCCUUUCUACCUGGAGGUAGGCUUAAGCGGACUGUCAUCUAAAGCAGCUAAGGACGUCUUGGGCUUCCUCAGAGUGGUAAGGUUUGUCAGGAUCCUGCGUAUCUUCAAACUGACGCGACACUUCGUGGGGCUGCGGGUCCUGGGUCACACCUUGAAGGCUAGCACCAACGAGUUCCUCCUCCUCAUCAUCUUCCUCGCCCUAGGUGUGCUUAUCUUCGCCACCGCAAUCUACUACGCCGAGCGCAUCGGCGCCAACCCCAACGACCCCACGGCUGGCGAACACACCAUGUUCAAGAACAUCCCCAUCGGCUUCUGGUGGGCCGUGGUCACCAUGACCACGCUGGGUUAUGGUGACAUGUACCCGCAGACGUGGUCGGGCAUGCUGGUGGGCGCACUGUGCGCCCUGGCGGGCGUGCUGACGAUAGCCAUGCCUGUGCCCGUCAUCGUCAACAACUUUGGAAUGUACUACUCGCUGGCCAUGGCCAAGCAGAAGCUUCCCAAGAAGAGGAAGAGGCACAUCCCCCAGGUCGCACUGGGGGGAUCCCCAACCUGCCUCAAAGUAGACCUCAACACCACCUGCAACAGCCCCCAGGGGGACCUCUGCAACAUGCAGGGGAGUAGGGUGCUGGAGCGCAACCAAUCAGUGCUGUCAGGGGACGGCAGUGGAGGCAGUGAUCUCACCAUGUCCCCCAGCACAGAGGAGAGGGUCCCCAUGCGCAGGUCCAGCACCCCAGAGCAGGAGCGGAGGAGUGGGGGGACGUGCUUCCUGCUGGCUGCCAGUGACUACACCUGCCCUGCCGACGGUGGGGUCAGGAAGACAGAUAACUGCAAAGAGAUUGUCUUUACUGGUUUCACGCAAGCAGAGAGCAGCAUUCUUUAAUUGCUGGGGGAAGGCACAUCCCUGGUGGAAAGCCGUUUACGUGUCCUAUUGGAAUGACUGCCGUCAUCAGCCAAUCAGUGGACUAACAAGACCUAUUGGUGUGUGGAUCCUGUUGGAUCACAUAGCGUCACUCAAGGACGUGAACCAACCAGAACACUCACAUCGGUGAAGGAUUGUUGACUGACAAGCGUCAGGUCCAAUGACGCUGCCUGGGAAAACAGGAACUGUCCAAGACUGAGGUCAAUUGGAAUUCUGGGAAUAGAUGGGACAGGGGGAGUUGUAUUUUUCCCAGAUUCUCAAUGUCAUGGAUAUUGAGUGAAGCAUAAAACUGAAGAAGAAAAAGGACCCUUCUUGGAAGACGAGGCCAGCUGCUUCAUCUAGAUAUUGUGUUUGUAAAUAAUAACAUGAUACAGCACAUGGGUCAAGGAGCUCCUCUCUCUCUCAUCUGUCCUCUGGAUUGCGAGCCAGGUACAAGGUCAUGACCUCCAUAUCAAUCAGUCUCCGUGGUUUCCCUCCUCGUAAUCAGUGUUAUAAUGAUGCAUCAGACACUACGUGUUCUGAAAAUUGACUGAUUUAAUAUGUGAAUUCUGCUUCAUAUACAGUGAAGAGAGAAUAACGUGGGAUAAGUUGAAUAAAUGUGACAUAGGGUUUCAUCAAUGCUUUUGUUUCCCUUAGACGUUUUGGUGGAUUCCAUGACAUUGCUGUGGUGUGCGUUUACAUGCGUGUGUUUUGAAUUCCAGGGUAACAUCUAGACAACAUGCAGUUGUAAAGCAGAAAAAUGAAAACCUAUAAGAGACCCAUUACACUCUUCCAGCUAGUUUGAACAUAUAUAACAAGGAAGCUUAAAGUACCCUGUAGAGAUGUGUUAUCCUGGACACCAUACCCCAACAAUCAGAUACAAUUUGCAAUAAUGACACCCAAACAAAAGACACCGAUUUGCACUGUGAUUUUAGCUACCUGCCACAAGAAAUGAUACACUGGUCUAGUACAGCCUAUAUAACAGGACAAGGCUAAAGCACCCCUCCAUUGACUUGAUAGUGAGGGUUGAUUUUGACCAUCAGUAAUUGGGGGAUUGGAAUACUGUGACCUGCACAGUGAGGACCCCCCCCCCCCCCCCCCCCCCCCCCCCCCACACACACACACACAUACAACUCUCUGUGUAGUGCAAUGCUGCUUAACUCUUUGAAAUGUCAAGGGACACCAAUCAGUAUCUAUUCUUCUAUGACAAAAGUGAUUUAAAUGUGUUUAUUUUUUUGAAUCCAGAACAUGUAAUUAUGUGUCUCUUGUGGAGUGCUUGGUCUACUUGUGAAAGUCAUAGUAUCCCAACACUGUUUCUCUCCAUUACGUCCACAACUGUCACUUGGGCUUGAUCCAGCUUCAUGUUCUGUAUCUUUUAAUGUGAGGACAAUUCUAGUUCGAAGUCUGUAUCUGUGGAGCAUUUGUUGGCAUUCUGAAGUGCAUGCUAUAAAAAAAGACAACAUAUCAAAUUGUAAAACAGGAUGACAACAUAUAUCACGUUCUAAGCGAUGUGUAAAAUGAAAUGCCAUGUGAGAAAAUCACAUAAACAUAUUUAACUUUUAAA